CCAAUAAUAUUUAGCAGCAGCUGGUCGAUUUGAUGUGGGUGUGCAUGCAAGAGUGAAAGACGGGCUUGACUUGAGAGGAAGACCCAGAGGAAAGCAAGAGAGUACGGAACUCUUGUGAGAGAUGAGGUCUUAGGAAAUACUGUGAGUCGGCGUAUAGGGGUUUGGAGUUUGCCUUAUGUUGAUUUAAUUCCAAUGUAUCUUGUAUUGUUAUUAUUCUUAUAGUGAAGUACUCUAUUCGGAGACAUAGGCAUGAUUUUGCCGAACCUCAUUAAUCUUUUGUGUACUAUCUUUGUUCCUUGUUUAUUUUAAGUUGUUCAAUUGUGGUUGGCUUUGUGGUGUUAUUAUUUCUGAAUCUCGGCUUAGCACGGUGAUAAAGCACAACGGGUGGUCUCACUCAUACUUGGGACCUGAGUGGCUUGGGAAAUAGUAGAUCUGGAGAUAAUGGUAAUCAUCUCAGCUCCUGUUGUCCCAACAAAUUUCUAGUAAAUAUGAUACAUUAAUUUCAGCAUAAUAAUUGAUGCAAUUUCUAGUAAAUAUGAAACAUGGUGCCUAUUUUGAAUGGAAGAAACGCAAUUAUGGUGUUAACUUUCAUUAGUUUUAGUAAGCACAGAUUAUAGUUAUACUUUUUUAGUUUUGAGGCAAGAACAAAUUUUUUCUUCUUCUUUCUUUGUCUCUCCGUUGCUGAAUGGAGUGGCUCAAUCUUCGUCUUGCUUCGCUACUUCUAUCUCUUGUCUUGCCAAUUUGUAUCAGCCAAGACAAUUUAGGACCAGGAAAAUCUAUCAUUGGAAACCAGACCUUGAUUUCUUCCCUUGGGACCUUUGCAUUAGGCUUCUUCAGUCCUGAAAAUUCUACCAAAUACUUCCUUGGUAUAUGGUACAACAAAAUCCCAAAGACACCAAUAAUAUGGGUAGCUAACAGAGAAUCCCCACUUGAUUCUCCGGGUGUGUUUACGCUCAGCGGUGAUGGGAAUCUAGUGGUGUUGGACACUGUGGAUGGGACUAGAAAAGUUGUCUGGUCUUCUAAUACAUCAGUACCUGCUUCUGCAAAGAAUGGGACAACUGGUGUACUAGUAGAUAAUGGAGAUCUUCAACUUAGAUUUGGAGAAGAUACUCUGUGGCAGAGCUUCGAUAAUCCCUCUGAUACUUUUUUGGCUAACAUGAAGCUUAGCUUUAAUAAAAGGACGGGCAAACGAAGGGCCAUUACAUCCUGGGCAGCACUUGAUGAUCCACAACCCGGAAAGUUUACCUCAGGCAUUGAUCCUAAAGUGCCUGGACAGCUUGUUAUCUGGAAGGAAAAUGCUAUAUAUUGGAGAAGUGAUUUGUACGUUGGCAAGGAGACGAACACAGACUUUGGUGUUGAUGGUGAUCAUGCUCCAUCGUUAAAUGGAACUGCUUACUUCCUUACUUACAACUCGGAUACUGAAGAGGUUUACGUUACUUAUGGUGUCUCAGAUAAUUCAGUCAAACUGAGGGUAAUAUUGAAUCCAAAUGGGCAGAUUGAGCUGCUUCUGUGGCUAGAUCUCAGUAAAAAAUGGUUUUCAUGGUGGAAGAAGCCUGUUGAUACAUGUGAUUUCUAUAAUCGUUGCGGUCCAUAUGGUGCCUGCAAUGAUAAAAAUGAAACCCUCUCAUCACCAUGCAAGUGUUUGACAGGUUUUCGGCCAAAAUUCCAAGAACAAUGGGAUAAGGGGAAUUGGGUUGGUGGCUGUGUUCGAGAGAAAGCAUUGAUGUGUAAAGAAGAUGGGUUCUCAAAAUUUUCUAAGUUGAAACUGCCAGAUCAUGCUGUUCUAUUAGAAAAUAUGAGUAUGAGUGCGUGUGCAUCUAAAUGCUUCCAGAACUGCUCUUGCACGGCUUAUGCUUAUCCAAAUGUGACAGCAGGAAGCAUUAGGAAAUGUCUGACAUGGUUUGGGGACUUGAUGGAUAUUCUAGAUGAUCAACCUGUUGACUCUCCGAGUGUACAAAAUUAUGGGCAUGAUGUUUAUAUUCGUGUUCAUGGCUCCCAACUAGGUCUUAAGAGUCAUUCCCAUAAUGUAUUGAAAAAGUCCCCUGUAAUUGGAAUAGCGUCGGCAACAGGGGUAUUGAUUACAUUAGUUCUUGGCUAUUUCUUUUGGAAGAAACACUUGGGAAUGGAAGGGAGCACGGAAGGCAGUAUGAGUGAGACUAUAAGUAAAGCCAGAGCUGAAGCUGCGAAGAAUGAUGCAGAGCUACCACUCUUCAGUUUAAAGAGAGUUUUAGCUGCAACAAACAACUUCAGUGUAGCGAAUAAACUGGGGGAGGGAGGAUUUGGCCCUGUUUAUAAGGGGGUGUUACUUGAAAAUCAAGAAGUAGCCAUAAAAAGGCUGUCAAAGAAGUCAGCGCAAGGACAUCAGGAGUUUAUGAACGAGUUAAAGCUUAUAGCCAAGCUACAGCAUACCAAUCUUGUUAGGCUCUUGGGUUGCUGUAUUGAAGAGGAGGAACUCAUCUUGAUCUAUGAGUUCAUGCCCAAUCGAAGUUUGGACAAACUUUUGUUUGCUCCAUCUAACAAUACAGAAUUAGAUUGGGGAAGACGAUUCCGAAUUAUAGAAGGUAUUGCUCAGGGAUUACUUUAUAUCCACAAGUACUCUAGAUUGAAAAUCAUUCACAGGGACUUGAAAGCAAGUAAUGUGCUGUUGGAUGGAGCAAUGAACCCCAAAAUUUCAGACUUCGGAAUGGCUAAGAUUUUUGAAAUAAAUCAGACUGAAGCAAAUACCAAUAGGGUUGUUGGCACAUAUGGAUACAUGUCGCCAGAGUAUGCCAGAUAUGGCCAUUUCUCUGAGAAACUAGAUGUGUUUAGUUUUGGAGUGUUGUUGUUGGAAAUUGUAAGUGGAAAGAGGAAUGCUGCUUUUUAUCGCUUUGAACAUUCACCAACUCUUGCUGGAUGGGCAUGGGAAUUGUGGAAAGAAGGUAGAGGAAUGGAGGUGAUUGAUGCAUCAGUAAGGGAAACAUGCCCCCCUGAUGAAGCUUUGAAGUGUAUCCAUGUAGGGUUUUUGUGUGUUCAAGAAGCUCCAGCUGAUCGACCAACAAUGUCUUCUGUAAUUCGUAUGCUGCAGGCCAAUGAAGCCACAUCACUUCCACCGUCCAAGGAACCUGCCUUUUCAACUCACAAGAAUUCCAUACCUGCUGCUGUUAGUUCUUCUGGUCAAACACCUGCAAGUUUUUCCAACAAUACAGUCACCAAUAGUUUGGCAGAAGGUCGAUAGAUGUUCCUAUUUUAAUAAAAUAUUUGGAUGUUACGGACAACAAUGCUGCUCUCCUGAGGACCAUAUUUUGAGGGCCUGUGAGGUCCAAACUUGUUACAUAUCCGUUCGAUUUAAUCUAAUGGCUGUGUUACUAACCUCUUUAAAAUACCAUUUCACCUAUUUAUAAAACCCAA